AUGCACAGCGAGGAGCUCAUCAGCAAUUUGAGCUACACCCCACGCAUCGAGUACAUCGGCGAUCUGAACGAUCCGAACAAGCAUCCCUAUGUCUAUGCCAGCAGAGACGAUGCAAACACAGCUUGUCAAUCAGCUGGCUAUCAAGGACUUUGCACAAAAGCACAGAUCUCCGGAUUCGAGAGAUGUGCUGCCGGCUGGCUGUGGGACUUCAAAGGAUACUGGAUGCGCAACGCCCGAAAGGGUUGUGGCAGUGGCACCGGGUACCAAACAUGGGGUAACGGUAAAGUUGGCGCCUAUUGCUGCCAUGCCAAGUCGGAGAUCGACUACAUCGGGUCCCUGACCGACCCAUCAGCUCACCCCUAUGUCUACACCUCACGAGGCGACGCUGAGAAUGCAUGUCUGACAGCUGGUUUUAAGGGCCUCUGUGCCAAGGACCAGAUUGCAGGCUUCAGCAGGUGUGCAGCGGGCUGGACCAGCGACUGGAAAGGUUACUGGUUCCACAAGACUCACAAAGGUUGUGGGAAUGGUGUUGGUUUCCGCGGGUGGUCAGGAUCGAAGAUUGGGGCAUACUGCUGCGGCACCCGGCAAAUCCCACAAAUCAAGUAUAUCGGGGACUUGGAUAACACGGAGAAGCAUCCCUAUGUCUACGCCAACAGAGACGAUGCAAACACAGCCUGCAAGUCAGCUGGCUAUCAAGGUCUUUGCACCAAAGCGCAGAUCUCAGGAUUCGAGAGAUGUGCUGCCGGUUGGCUGUGGGACUUCAAAGGAUACUGGAUGCUCAACGCCCGAAAGGGUUGUGGCAGUGGCACCGGGUACCAAACAUGGGGUGACGGCAAAGUUGGCGCCUAUUGCUGCCAUGCCAAGUCGGAGAUCGACUACAUCGGGUCCCUGACCGACCCAAAAGCUCACCCCUAUGUCUACACCUCACGAGGCGACGCUGAGAAUGCAUGCAAAACAGCUGGUUUUAAGGGCCUCUGUGCCAAGGACCAGAUUGCAGGCUUCAGCAGGUGCGCAGCGGGCUGGACCAGCGACUGGAAAGGUUACUGGUUCCACAAGACUCACAAAGGUUGUGGGAAUGGUGUUGGUUUCCGCGGGUGGUCAGGAUCGAAGAUUGGGGCAUACUGCUGCGGCACCCGGCAAAUCCCACAAAUCAAGUAUAUCGGGGACUUGGAUAACACGGAGAAGCAUCCCUAUGUCUACGCCAACAGAGACGAUGCAAACACAGCCUGCAAGUCAGCUGGCUAUCAAGGUCUUUGCACCAAAGCGCAGAUCUCAGGAUUCGAGAGAUGUGCUGCCGGUUGGCUGUGGGACUUCAAAGGAUACUGGAUGCUCAACGCCCGAAAGGGUUGUGGCAGUGGCACCGGGUACCAAACAUGGGGUGACGGCAAAGUUGGCGCCUAUUGCUGCCAUGCCAAGUCGGAGAUCGACUACAUCGGGUCCCUGACCGACCCAAAAGCUCACCCCUAUGUCUACACCUCACGAGGCGACGCUGAGAAUGCAUGCAAAACAGCUGGUUUUAAGGGCCUCUGUGCCAAGGACCAGAUUGCAGGCUUCAGCAGGUGCGCAGCGGGCUGGACCAGCGACUGGAAAGGUUACUGGUUCCACAAGACUCACAAAGGUUGUGGGAAUGGUGUUGGUUUCCGCGGGUGGUCAGGAUCGAAGAUUGGGGCAUACUGCUGCGGCUUUGCAUCCAAGAGCGCCGGGAAGUACAUCGGCUCUGUGGCAGACCCGUCCUUGCACCCCUAUGUGUACGGCACCCGUUCAGAGGCUCAGGGAGGCUGCGAGGCUGCAGGGUACAAACGCCUUUGCUAUCAAUCCGAAAUCGAAGGUGCCUCUAAGUGCGCCGCUGGCUGGUUCCUGGAUGGUAAGGGGUACUGGUGCCUCAGCUACUAUUCGAAGUUUGUUUCGACCUGUUUGGCAUGCGUACCCAGGGCCCCAGAAUGGAGCCCCAAUGUGUUUCGUCAGAAGAGACUGAGGUUUCAUAAGACCCUAGCGGGAUGCGGUCAUGGACAGGGCUGGCGGCCUUGGUCAGCUGGUAAAGCAGGAGCCUAUUGUUGCCAGUUGGAGAAGCCGAAGUCGAUGCUACCCCUUUGCAAGGCACACGGGGAGAUACAGGGAUACAGGGAGGGCCAGGGAGGACCUUCUAGCGAUUGA